ACACUGCUAAAUUCAAAUUUUUUUUAAGCAUUUUUCAAUACUUGAUUAAAUCGAAAUGCCUAAUAUAAAGGUAUUCAGUGGUUCAUCCCACACUGAUCUGGCUCGGAAAAUUGCUGACCGACUUGGGUUACCAGUUGCUAAAGUUGUCACAAGAAAAUUUAGUAACCAGGAAACAUGCGUUGAAAUUGGUGAAAGCGUCCGCGGAGAAGAUGUUUACAUUGUUCAAAGUGGUUGCGGAGCGAUAAACGACAAUCUUAUGGAACUUUUAAUUAUGAUACACGCUUGUAAAAUUGCUUCAGCUUCACGUGUAACUGCCUUAAUACCAUUGUUUCCUUAUGCAAGGCAAGAUAAGAAAGAUAAAAGUCGUGCACCCAUUUCUGCAAAGCUUGUUGCAAACAUGCUUUCUAUUGCAGGAGCUGACCAUAUAAUAACGAUGGAUCUUCAUGCGUCACAGAUUCAAGGAUUUUUCGAUAUUCCUGUCGAUAACCUCUAUGCUGAACCAGCAGUGUUAAAGUGGAUAAAGGAAAACAUCGUAGAAUGGAAGAAUUCUGUUAUCGUGUCGCCAGAUGCAGGAGGUGCAAAAAGAGUCACAUCUAUCGCUGACCGUUUGAACGUCGAAUUCGCGCUCAUUCAUAAAGAACGGAAAAAGGCAAAUGAGGUCGACCGUAUGGUUUUAGUUGGUGACGUGCGGGAUCGCGUCGCAAUUAUGGUAGACGACAUGACAGAUACGUGUGGUACAAUAUGCCACGCUUCGGACAAACUUCUUGCGGCCGGAGCAACAAAAGUAUACGCGAUUUUAACGCAUGGCAUUUUCAGCGGGCCCGCAAUCUCAAGAAUCAACAAUGCAUCGUUUGAAGCUAUCGUCGUCACGAACACGAUACCACAAGAAGAGCAUAUGAAGCAGGCAAAUAAAAUCAAGACAAUAGAUAUCUCACCGAUCCUUGCUGAAGCAAUUCGAAGAACGCACAACGGAGAAUCAGUCUCUUAUCUGUUCAGCAAUGUCCCGCUUUAGAAUUCAUCAAAUUUUCAAAUAAAAACAAGACUUUAAAAAUGUCUUAUCACAUGACGCUGACGCAGAAGUAGUCCUAUUUCAUGAACUUUGAAAAAUCUAACUUUGCACCAUUCAUUUCAAAACUUGUGAAAUUUUGAAAAACACUUUUACUUCAUUUUUCCAAUGACUCAACAUCAUGAAAAAUUAUCAAUUUGUUAUCAAAUCAUCAAUAACCAUGUCUCAAAGUUAUUUCUCAGUUACAACUGAAUUACAUUCAAAAUAUGACAUAAGAAUCAUUAUUGUCUUCAAUAUAUCAAAAUUUCCAUUGAAAAUUCCAGAUCCUAUUUAUAUAGGUUCGGAUAGAAAAGCUCACUUAGUAAAGAGCAUUACUAUGAUAGAUGACCAAAACAAGCAGAAUAGAUUUAGAAUUAGGUAUAUUCAAUGAGCCAAAUUGUUGAUUCCAGGACUAAUCUAAUAGUGCCUCCCUAUAUAAAGACCAGUAUAGUCUUGUGCAGGGGCUUGUUCUGAGCAAAAGACAUGAACAACCAUUGUAUAAACAAGUCAGUCCAUUGUAAACUUUCCUCCAACAAAAGUCAACUUCCUUGGAUAUGCCAAGUUUUUCUGUUAAACAUUAAUAACCCAUUGAAAAUAUAUUUCAUCUUCGAAAAUACAGAGUGUCCAUAAAGUCUGUACAACUUCAAUUUUGUUAUGAAGUCACAAUUCUCAAUAUAUUUUAACCAGGUUUGUUGUUUUUUAAUCAGUAAUUGUUCAAGUAGUUUUACUUCAUUUAUUAAUCUGUGAGGGUCAAAACAAUAUAUGGUAUCGAUGAAUUCCAUUUUAAGACUUUAUGGACACCCCAUAUUAUUCCAGAAUGUAUUCCAAAUACCAAACUUCUGGAUAUGGUCAUCCCGAAUUAGUACCUUCAUCUUGGAUUCAGAUUUCUCCUACAUGAUGAAGUAUAUACCAGCUGAGUUUCCAUUACUGUGGUAUUUUGUAAAUAACCUUCAACCCCCAACUUCAAAAGUUGUAUCAACUGCCUAGAAUGGCGAAUUUAAUUUGCAUUUUUUACUUAUUUGUGUUAGGGUUUGUCAAUAUUGCAAUUUUACCUGAAAUGUUUUCAUUUUGCUAAAUGUGAUUACCGGUUCAGCCUGAUGUUGUCUUCUUGUGGUGCGUUAUUUAUAGUUCAACAGUGCUAACUUAAUAGACUUUUCCCGGUUCAGAAUAUGAAUUUCUCUUGUUAAAAUGAGACACUGCCUUUUUCUGAUUGUAACUAGGACUAGACUGACCAUUCGAUUAAAAAACGGUUUUCUAGG